AUGCCAUUCACGACAACAACACGUGUUUUGCAUAAACACUAGACUUUGCCGCAGAGUUUGGUGGAAGUGAUCCGUGAAGUGAUGGGUAAAGCGAAGAAACUGAAGCACUUGAAAGCCAUUAGGAAUGGCCCACUCGACCAACAAAUGUCAGGUCAGAUGGUGGUCACCCCGAAGGACAGACACAAAGCCAAGUAUAAGGACACCGAUGAAGACACUCAACGACCGAAUUAUAUCGAUCCGAAACUGACGGCACGGAUACUAAAGUCUGCGCGAAAACAACAGACAGAACUCGAGGAGGAAUUGGCCGACAAUUCAGAGCCACAGACGAGCCGUUUCGGUGGUGACCGACGAGACACACGAAAGACAAAACUGACGAACCCUUUGGAUGAGGACGAGUCGGACAGCGAUGACAACGAGUCGGCCGAUGAGGCGGUCGAUGACUACUACGAGUCGAUUGAGAUCACCGGCGAAGACGAGCGCGCGUUAGAAGUGUUUAUGAAUAAGGAUUCCGUGAAACGCAAGACUUUGGCCGAUGUUAUCGCUGAGAAGAUCAGGGAAAAGGAGACCGAAAUACAGACACAACUGUCCGACGCCACGGGUAUUAACAUUCAGGACUUGGAUGACAAAGUGGUUGAGCUCUACAAAGGCGUGAAACUGGUUCUGUCGCGGUAUAGGAGCGGCAAACUGCCCAAAGCUUUUAAGAUAAUACCGGCGCUCGCCAAUUGGGAACAGAUAUUGCAGAUCACAGACCCGGAUGGGUGGACAGCGGCGGCAAUGAUGGCGGCGACGCGUAUAUUCACGUCUAAUCUGAAGGAACGGAUGGCUCAGCGCUUCUAUAAUCUGAUUCUAUUGCCGCGACUCAGGGAUGACAUCGAAGAGUAUAAACGUCUCAAUUUCCACUUAUAUCAGGCGCUCAGGAAAUCGCUCUUCAAAUCGGCCGCCUUUUUCAAGGGUAUUAUACUUCCGUUGUGUGAGUCCGGCAACUGUACGCUCCGGGAGGCUGUCAUCAUAGGCUCAGUGAUGGCCAAACAGCACAUCCCGAUCCUGCACUCGUGCGCCGCUAUGCUUAAGAUCGCCGAAAUGGACUAUUCGGGCGCCAACUCUGUGUUCCUUCACAUACUCAUCAACAAGAAGUAUGCCCUCCCGUACCGAGUGGUCGACGCCUUGGUCUACCAUUUCCUACGCUUUUCUAAUGAUAAGCGUCAGUUACCGGUGCUUUGGCAUCAGUGCCUACUUGUGUUCGUACAGCACUAUAAACAAGACUUGUCUUCAGAGCAAAAGGACGCGCUGUUGGAACUGUUGAGAGUUCAGUCUCACUAUCACAUCACACCUGAGAUCAGGAAAGAGUUGUUGAACUCUAAGAGCAGGGAUGAGAUAGUGGUUGAGAGCUCUGUUGGCACACCAUCUGUGGCCGACACUAUGGACACGGAAUCGCGCGAAGCCAUUGAUAAUUCAUAAUUAUAUUUAGUAAUUAUAAUAAGACUGUAAAUAUGAUUAUAUUCAGACAAAUCUUAAAUAAAAUUUUUUUAUUAUAUUCAAAACAAA